AUGAGAUUUACUACUACCCAACUUGUUGCAAUCGCUUUUUACCUUGCAUCCAUCGAAGCUACUUUUUCCUUGGGCACCAUUUUUGAUUACGUUCCAAAAGAUGAUGCUCCUGUUUGUAAACAGUUAAGAAUCUAUACUGAUGAAUCAACCAACAGUGGCCAUAAAAGAGAUGAUAUCCAAAAUGAUGAUGAUCUUGAGAAAAGAUACUUUUCAAAGGGUAUUAGUAUUGGCGCUGAUGUUAGUGCUGAGAAGAAUAUCGGAUUAGGUAUUUCAAAAGGUGCUUCAGUUGAUGCCGGUAUUUCAAAGAACAUUGGAGCCGGUGUAAGUGCUGGCAAGAAUGUUGCCGUUGAUGUUUCAAAGAAUAUCGGUGUUGGCGUCGGCUUCGGCGUUGGUGCUGCUGUUGGUGUGGGUGCUGCUAUUGGCGCCGAAGUUUCCAAAAGUGUUGGCGUCGGUGCUGGUGCCACUGAUGUUGCCGAAGUUUCCAAAAGUGUUGGAGCAGGAGUAACUAUUGGAGCUGAAGUUUCUAAGAGCAUCGGUGCUGGUAUUAAUGUUGACAAAACUAUUGAUGCUGGAUUCUCUAAGACAAUCAGCGUUGGUGUUAGUGCUGAAAAGACUGCUGGAGUUGACAUUUCAAAACAUAUCGGUGCUGGAAUUAGUAUUGGAAAGACAAUUGGUGCUGAUAUUUCCAAAAACAUCCAAGCCGGUGUUGCUGCCGGUCUUUCAAUCUCAAAAGGUGCUGAUGUAGAAGUUUCCAAGAAUAUUGGUGCUGGUGUUAGUAUUGGCAAGAACCUUGGUGUUGGAAUUUCAAAGGGAAUUGAUGCUUCAGCAGGUGUUGGUGUUUCUGCCGAAAAAAAUGUUGGAUUAGGAAUUUCAAAGAAUAUUGGUGUUGAUAUCAGUGCUGAUAAAAGUGUUAGUGUUGGCAAGAGAAAUAUUAACCUUGGAGUCAAUCUUGGUGCUGCUGUUGGUGCCAGUGUUGGUGCUGGUGUAAGUGCUGAAAAGAAUCUUGGUGUCAGUAUUGGUGCAGGUGCUAGUGCAGGUGCAAGUUCCAGCGUUGGUGUCAAUGCUGCCUUUGUUGUUUCAUCUGUAUCAAAAUUAUCUGACGGUAACUAUGGUGUCACUUGUAACUUCAAAUGUGAUUCAUCUGCUAAAUUAAAUCUGGCUUUUGCUAAAAAAAUUAAAAACUUGUCAAUUGUUGGUACUGGCUGUGGUGAUGUUUCAAUUUAUGGUGAAGGUGCUAUUGAAAAAGUUUCUAAUCCAUUUGAAUGGUCAACUUCUAUCAAAGUUAAGCCAGAAAUCAUUAAUGGAAAAUGUUGUCUCCCAUCUGGAUUCCAAAUUGUUGCAGAUUUUGAAGAAAACUGUGAUGAAUUAGAUGCUUUCAAGGAAAUUUUUGGCAAAGAGAAGUUCAUUUACAAACUUAAUUCUGUUAUUAGUGCUGCUAAAACAUUUGAUGCCUCUGUUUUAUUCAAUGCCCAAGCUUCUGCUUUUGUUGAAAAAAGAAGUAUUCAAGAAACUAGACCAUAUACCAACAAUACUAUUAUCCACGACAAGAGAUCCUUGAGUUUGCUUUUGAGUUUGUUGAAGAAGGUAUCUGUUGGAGGUGGUUGUGAUAGCUUGCCUCAAUUCUGUUGGGACUGUGAUUGUGAAACUACUACUUCUACUACAUCCACUGAAGAAUGUACUGAAUCUCAAGGUACUUCUUCUACUUCAGCUUCAUCCUGUACCCCAUCCACUACAUCCAUAACUUCUACUGAUUCCACUACCUCAACCUCCACUACCUCAACCUCCACUACUCCAACCUCCACUACUUCAACCUCCACUACUUUGACUACCUCUACUUCCACUGCUUCCACUGAUUCUACUACUUUCACCAAAUCCAGUGUUCAAUUAUCUUCGAAGUCUUCUGCUGAAUCUAGUACUGAACACGCCGCCUCCAAUUCCGAAGAAAAUAUAUCUUCCAAGUUUGAAUCUUCUGUUCAAUCUUCUACCUCCGUUGAAUUAUCUACUGAAUCAUCUACUGAAUCAUCUACGGAAUUAUCUACUGAAUCAUCUACUGAAUCAUCUACUGAAUCAUCUACUGAAUCAUCUACUGAAUCAUCUACUGAAUCAUCUACUGAAUCAUCUACUGAAUCAUCUACUGAAUCAUCUACUGAAUCAUCUACUGAAUCAUCAAUCCAAUCUUCAGUUGAGUCGUCUGAAUCAUCAACCGACUUUGCCAGCACUUCUGAUCCAGAAUCAUUCGUCCAAUAUUCUGUCAUUUCUUCUGAAAGUUCUGAAUCUUCCAUUAAACACAUGUCUACAACUGAUAACUCACAAUUCUUAUCAACUCAAACUGAACACUCAACUACUAUUCUUACUGUUACUUCUUGCUCCAAUGAUGUCUGUACUGAAACUGCUAUUACUACUGGUGUUACCGUUGUUACCGAAGAUGAAACUAUCUACACCACUUAUUGUCCAUUAACUGAUGAGUCUACCCCAGUUGAAGAGUCUACUUCUGCCAAUACAUCAUCUUUACUUGCUUCAACUACUGAUAAAGAAUUCAUUCACCAACAUGAUAAAUCUUCUUUAGUCUCCAAUGGUAAUGCUUUGUCUACUGAAACUGAAAAAUUAACUACUGUUAUUACAGUUACUUCUUGUUCUAAUGAUGCUUGCUCAGAAACUCCUAUCACUACUGGUGUUAGAGUAGUCACUUCAGAUGAAACUACUUAUACCACUUAUUGUCCAUUAUCAUCCUAUAGUGAUAUAGCAUCUGUUGAAGAAAAUGUUUCAUCAGUUUCCACUUUGAUUGAAACUCCUGCUGCUUAUUUUGAAGGUGCUGAGUGCGACACCACAUCUACUGUUACCGAUUUCAAAACCAUCGUCAUUGAUACUGAAGGUACUGUUCCAACUACAGUAGAGUUUGUCUCUCUUAUUCCUGUCUCAAGUCUUGCUGAACCUUCUACAGUUGUUGCAAUUACUACUUUUGAAGGUGCUGCUAAUAAUAUGAGAUUACCAGUUGGUGCCGCCAUUCUUGGUCUUGUUGCUAUGAUGGUUUAA